CUUGGCUAGACGCGGUAACCUUUCUUCCGGUGGACUGGAAAGCUCGGUUACGUUUCCCCAUUAUUCAUCUUCUUCCAUGCCAUAAACUCAAACAACAGUAGUCGCCCACAUUCCAAGCAAACAAAACAAUCAGGUCUUCUGUGCGUCGAGCAUCGAGCUACGUUGGAAAAGCGUACUGAGAACGAUGAACAGUGUCCGACCUAGAUAACAGCUAAACAACCUUUCCCCUACUCAAGAACAGGGCCAGUGAGUUCGUCUAAGGAAGAUAAAUUACACAUAGACCAAAGAAUCCAGCAACAAACACUUAAAUCAAUCCUGAAGGGAACAGGAAUUUCCGCCAUUUUGCCGUUGGAUUGAGAGGUUUUGGCCGUGAUUCAGGUUACAAAAUUCAAAUCCAGGCUUGGAAAUGAACUCAGGUGUGAAGAGCGACCAAGACAACCCAAGAAUCCGAGUUCAAUCCAUGAUUCCAAACCAAAUUUGCAGCGCCAUAGCCUGUACGGACGAAAAAGAGCUGGGUCGCAAGUGUAAACGGACGAAAAACUCUGUUAACACACGUCCAGCCACUUCCUCAUUUUUGGGCACAUUAGGAUAGUGCUUUACUGGGAAGUUGGGAAGUUGCAACCAUUUUUGUUGUUAUAAAUAUCAGAAAAUACCAAAAAGGCUCAAGUUGGUAGAGCCGCCCAAACAUACUGGGUUCUUGUGUCCUGUUUAGUUUCCUUUUGCUUAUUCCUUCAGAAUUUCAGUGAAUGCACACAAGCUGUUUGUGUAUUUGCUUAGCCAAAUUCCUGAGUGUUAUUUGAAAGUUUUUCUGUGGUGUAAUCUCAUUUCUUUUAAGCCAAAAAAUAGCGAGUCUUUGGCUCUAUUGCGAAUGAUGCAACUGUGUGCAUGAAAGUAAACUGUGGCUGGUUAGUAGUGCCAAUUGAUGCAGAACCCAUGUCGCUUGAUGAGAAGAUAGCCUCACCUCAUAGGAUCUCACAUGAAUCACCCGUGAGCUGUUCAACAAUACUACAGCGCCACCGGUUCCUCCUGAUCGCCAUGGGCUUGCUGACUUUCAUCUGCAUCGUGUAUCUCUACUUUGCUGUCACCUUAGGAUCUGAUGACUCCUGCUCUGGGCUGACUGCUACUGAAAAGGCAGCUUCUCUUUUUGAGCGCAGCGGAGCUUCUCUGGCGGCAAAAGAAAAAUUGUAGCUUUAGCAUUACUACUAGUAUUCUACCCGUGCGAUGCACGGGAAAUAAUCAUAUGGAACAAUAUAUGGCACAACAUAAAAAUUAAAUAUUUAAAACACUAAAUUAAUAUAUAAAUUAACUUUAGAUGUAUAUAGUAUAGCGACCUCCUGUAAUAUUACCAAUAUAAAUAUAUAAAUGAAAACAACAUUUCUU